AUGAUGAUGGUGUGGCAAAUUUGGAAUGUUAGAAACGCGUGGGUGUUUGAAAGGAAGGCGAUUGAUCCCAAGGUGGCAUGUGACCGAGCCUUGAAGAUCCUGGGUGACUAUGAAAUGGCUAUGGUUAGAGAAUCUGCUCCCGCCCCAACCUGCGAGGUAGUGCAGAGGGCAUUAUUUCCUUCAACUAUUGCCCCAUUCAAGCUCAAUACUGAUGCAGCAGUGAGGGAGGGGGAGUGUGGUCUGGGCAUGGUUGUGAGAGAUGGUGUAGGAGAUGUGGUGAUGGCUGCCGGGGAGAGAAGGAAAGGAUGCUGGUCAGCGGCUCAAGGAGAAGCUGAAGCAUUCAAAUUCGGCCUACAGUACGCGUAUGACGGGGGUUUCCGGUGUAUCGAGGCUGAAACAGAUUGCCAGAAAGUGAUCGAUAUGCUGGUCAAAGGCACAAGAGAAAGGUCUAGUAUUCAAGUAGUAGUGGAUGAUAUUCUUGCUUUAGCUAGAAACUUUGUUUCCUGUUCUUUUUAUUUUGCUCGAAGGUCCUGUAACCGAGUGGCCCAUGCCAUUGCUCAAACCUCGCUGAACCUAUGUGAGGUGAAGGUAUGGAUGGAAGAUCACCCGAUUGAGGUUACCUCCAUUGUAGAAGCUGACAAAGCCUUUAUUACUUAA